CUGUUGAGCUGCGGUUGUGCAACAGCCGUAGGGCGGGCGAGGGAGCGAGCUAGUCGGGCUCCCCCUGCAGGUAGAGUCGUGUCAGUGAGUCUUGAUCCGCCCUGAUCAUGUCACAGUGACAGCGCUAACAAGAUGGCGGAGGGCACUGGAGCAAAGUGAGGAGGACAAGACAAUAAUAUAAUACUAAUAAUAACACGGUCCAAUAUUCGUUAGCAUUGAUGUGGGUUAACGACGCACAGGUACUGCAUCAGCCAGGCGCUGAGUACAACUGAGCAAGUGCACCCUGGCUUGUACGAGAUAAAUCAACGGAAAAUUGUACCUAACCAAGGAAAAAGCCAGCGUUCCCUGCGUAAAAAAAAAUGUCAAGCAACCUCAAGCCAUCAGCGCAUACGUUUUUAUGUUAAACAUGCACGACUGUGAUCAGUAUGCGUUGAUUUAAACCGGUGUACAUUUGUUCUUAUUUUAUUUUUGCAGAGGUGAAUGUUUUGAUCCAUAAAAGCAAAGGAACCUUACAUACCGUGCAACUGCAAGUGUAAACCAGAUCUGGGUUGCUUAGUUGAAGACUGGGCACAAUCUUGACUGAUUUAUCAUUUAACUGUUGUGGGCAUCUUGAUUUCGGGAGGAUCUGUUUUGGAAAUCGAGGAUAAUAGGAUAUACCGAAAAUAAUUUUAAAGGAACGAGAUUGGGGAUUUGUAUAGUCUGUUUUAUUUUGUAUUUCUAAUUUAAAUUACCCGACGCCAUGGCUCACUCCCCGGUGCAGUCAGGCCUGCCUGGGAUGCAGAAUUUAAAAGCAGAUCCAGAGGAACUGUUCACUAAGCUGGAGAAGAUUGGCAAGGGCUCCUUUGGGGAAGUUUUUAAAGGCAUUGACAAUCGGACUCAGAAAGUAGUGGCUAUAAAAACUAUUGACCUGGAAGAAGCCGAAGAUGAAAUAGAAGACGUUCAGCAGGAAAUAACAGUACUGAGCCAGUGCGAUAGCCCCUAUGUAACCAAGUACUACGGAUCUUAUUUAAAGGACACAAAAUUAUGGAUAAUAAUGGAGUAUUUAGGUGGAGGGUCGGCUCUGGAUCUGUUAGAGCCAGGUGCUUUGGAUGAAACUCAAAUCGCCACUAUACUCCGAGAAAUAUUAAAAGGACUUGAAUACCUACAUUCAGAAAAGAAAAUCCACAGAGAUAUUAAAGCUGCCAAUGUCUUAUUGUCGGAGCAGGGGGAUGUUAAAUUAGCGGAUUUUGGUGUUGCGGGACAGCUAACUGACACACAGAUAAAGAGGAAUACAUUUGUAGGCACGCCCUUCUGGAUGGCUCCUGAAGUAAUAAAGCAGUCUGCUUACGAUUCCAAGGCUGACAUGUGGUCAUUAGGAAUAACAGCGAUUGAACUGGCAAAAGGGGAACCCCCUCAUUCAGAACUGCACCCAAUGAAGGUUUUAUUCCUAAUCCCAAAGAACAACCCACCAACAUUGGAAGGAAACUACAGCAAACUUCUUAAAGAAUUCAUAGAGGCCUGCUUGAAUAAAGAGCCCAGUUUUAGACCGACAGCAAAAGAGCUCUUGAAGCACAAAUUUAUUGUACGACACGCCAAGAAAACGUCCUAUUUAACAGAGCUGAUCGACCGGUACAAGAGGUGGAAAGCCGAACAGUCCCACGAUGAUUCGAGCUCAGACGAGUCGGAUUCAGAACAAGAUGGUCAGGCAUCUGGUGGAAACGACCCUGGUGACUGGAUCUUUAACACAAUUAGGGAGAAAAAGGAUCCGAAGAAACUGCAGAAUGGAGCAGCCCAUCUGGAGGAGUUUGAAAGGAACAAGGUACAAGACACUCCAAAGAGGCCUUUGUCACAGAGCUUGUCUACGAUUAUUUCUCCAUUGUUUGCUGAGCUGAAAGAGAAAAAUGAAGCCAGUAGCGGUAAACCAGGAGCGGUAGAAGAGUUGCGGGAGGCUAUUUUCUUAGCAGAGGAAGCAUGUCCAGGAAUCUCUGACUCUAUGAUAUCUGAACUAGUACAGAGACUUCAAAGAUUCUCAUUUAGUGGAGCAUCGUCUUCAUCCCAGUGAAGGCUCCCUGACCUGGACAUGAAGAAGUGCUCCUAUAUACUGAAAUAGCACACAUGCCACAGUGAAGAGGCACUCUCUCCUUCAGGGGGAAAUUCUCCAGUGAGCAACAGCCAAGAUGAAGUCUCUCAGAAGGGCCGUCAUUCUUCAGCUGCUUAAAGCAAAAGAUUCUUCUGUUUUUAUUUUUAAUUAUUGUCGUAGUGCACAUAUUCAAGAAAAGAGCAGGUGGGGAGGAAGGUGGGUGAAAGAUGUGAUGGGAGGAGAGAUUGAUUUGCCUCCCUCCUUUUGAUAUUUCCAGAUAAUCACUUCCAGUCAGUCUUUGCAUGAAAGCAGAUAAUUGCAACUGGAUUGUUGGUCAAUUAUUUAUGACUUGACAAAGUAAGCCUACCAAGAUUUAACUGUAAUAUAUGAUAAUGAAAAAAGUGUUCACCAUCAGCCCCAGACUUUUGAAGAUGAGUCCUAGUGCUUGUACUCCCUCAGAGGCAAGAUCAGUUGGUGAACAAGGUAACCCAUUUCUGAGUUGUGAUAAUCCACAGAAAACCUAGCAAUCUGGGUCCUGCUGCUUGAAACCAUUUGACUGCUGGAAGUGUCUGGAAUUUCUACAAGGUGUGUCUCUUGUAUUAAAAUUCUCAAUUGUAUAUUUGGGACUGUGCAAAGCAGAUUGAUCAUUUUUUUUGCAAAACCUCAGGUAUCCUGCUUUAAGUCAGUGACUCCUCUGGGAGACUGAAUAUGUUCUGCUGGGUGUACAAAUAUGUAUAUAGGGUCAUUUUUACUGAUAUUGAGAAACAGUGGAACGUGCAUAAAAUAAUCACUGUGUACAAAAUGGCCAAGUGUUUCUGUAGAUAUUGUUAGUAGAGGUAAAUAUUAAAAAAAAAACAAAUGGCCAUAACUGAGCAUUGCCUUGCCUCGAUUACAUGUACAUUCUGGAUAUAAGAGGAGAUUUAGAUUUUAUUAUUCAUAUUAUUUCUGCGGUCUCCCAUUUGAAGAAAAGUUGAUACCCCACUUAAAAAAACAAAUGUAUAAUUCUUAAGUACUGUAUGUACCUCAAGUAGUUUAACAAUGUUAUUUUUCAUUCAUAGCCAUGUUUCUUUAUAAACUACUUCUUUGUGGAGUUUGUUAAUGAAUAUGGUGCUCUCCAACUCAUAAUGGUAUACAUGGUGCUCUAUUCACAAAGAUUUGAGUUGAGUCUUUUUAUGAAUAAGGUUUGAUAGUUAUAAAACUAGACUAGGCUAGUGCUUUUAAACUGGCCAACUGUAGUCUAGAACAGGUUCUUGAAUAACAAACAGAUUUAAAGAAAAACUGUUUUACCAACUGAUGGGUGGAAGUUUUGUGAGUAGGGCCCAGUUUCUGUGGAUUGCUAAACUAGCUUUCUUUGAAUAAAAUGGAGAGUAAGUCCCUUAUUCAAAAAAAUGAAGUCAGCCAAAACCAAUACAAUCUGAAGUGGAGGUAGCCAUUUCUAAGGCAUUUUAGGCCAUGUUCUGUAAUUAUUCUGACACAUGACAGUUUUAGAUUCUUAGUACAAUAAAAAUGUAUUUAAUUUGACAAUUAAACUUUCAAAUAUAGACUUUUUUUCUUUUCCCGCAAAUGUUGCUGUUGACUGGUGGUUUGAGUGUGUAAACAAAGCUUAAAGAGAUGAUCCUUGUUGCAGAUGCAGGCAUGUUCACAGCUGCAGCACUGGAUACAUGUCUGGUUUCUUGGGUUAUUUAUUUAUUUAUUUGUGGCACCACCACCAACAAAAAAUAAAUAAAUUGAAAAUCACAGGGAAUGUACAUAUUGUAGGGCCAGCAAUUGUGACUUUAAAUUGCUCUCCAAAAAAGUUACCUUUUACAAUACUCCAGGGUGCAGUAUAUUGGCAUGUAUUUUUACAGUGCAUUCUUCUCAUUGCUAAUACAAUGCAAAGGGUUAUCAUAUUUCAGUUUCUACACCAUAUGCUUAAGUUCAUGAUUCUUCCAAGUCGGUACUAACCUUGCUACUUAAAACAUGUUAAUGUGUACUGUAGUACAACUUGCUAAAACGAUGAAGUAUUUCUUACGGUGUCUGAUGACUGAUGCAGUCAUUUGUGCAAGCCAUUGGUCUGUAAAGUUGGGAGGCUGAUGGUAUUGCCCUGCCUAGGUUAAUUAAAUCCAAUUUUUCGAGUUCUUGGCAUGGCAAUUUUCAAUGCAUGGCAUAAAGCUGCUUGUGUGCUUUGUAGCAUACUGCAUAUCUAGCGCAGCUGGGCGUGCACUUUUUUACAUCUGAAAGGCCAGGCUUGUCACCACCAUGGAGCAUCAGCAACUGUCACAACUUUAAGGAUUUUGUCAAGAGUUUUUUUUUUUUUUUUUUUUUUAAUCAAUUUAAAGAAGAAAAAAAGUAUAGAGGAACAUUUUGUGUUAUGGAAUUUGGCAUUUACUAAUUAUAUUCUCACAUUUUUUUCUUUCUAUUUAAGGUCCUUUUUUGUCAAAUCAGAAAAAUCUAUUUUAUUUGCAUAUUUUAAUUUUUAAAUGGAAGCCUGGGAAAAGAGUAGAAUCUUGUUUGCUAGCACCUGGUGUUCCUAGUGCCAGUCAGUGAUUUGCUUGUCUAAAGGGGUAGGUGGUCAAGAUGCUCCUUUCUCCUUACAAUUAGUUGCCCAGGUUAGUGUUCAGUUUUAAUAGGCUUGUGAGCUUUCAAAAGGGUUUUCUUAGUUCUGUUCUGAGUAUUUGCCAGGUGCAGAAGGCUUGCCAUGCACUGUUUGCUGCAGGUCUAACAAGAACGCAAAAGACAUAGUCGUGAAACGCAAGGGUUUAUUUCAUUAUUGACAAUAUUUUAACACAUUUGGUCCCUGUUUUUGCUUUGGCAGCCAUGUGCUAGUAUAUAAUCUCACAUAGCUUUAGUUAAGACGUGCUGCACUGUAUUGGGUGGUGCAGUUUGGUCAGGUAAUUAUUUAUAUAUUUUCUGUGGGCACCUUGGGCACUAAAUAGUGCAACCUGUCUUUUUCUUUGUAUCUCAGUUUUUUUUUUUUUAAAGAAGUCUUGCAAAAAGAAAUAUUGUCUUCAGGUUUUUAUUUUCAACAGCACGCAGCACAUUACCGGAAGAUAGGAGACACUCUGUGCUCUUUUGGUUUUAUAUUUUAAUAACUUUUCUAAGGCAGGUUAUGUUUUUUGCCCCCUUGUUAUGAAAAGAAAAGAUUUCUUUCCCCUCCUACCUUCAGUGUCCAGCUCAGUGAAGGUGUGUGUGUGUGUUAACAGGUGCAUCAUGCCUGUGUGAUUGAAUGACCAAGCAUCUUCCUAGUUCGCACCUUCAGUAUCUCCCAGAUAAAGUGCCAUGCUUUCUUUUAUCCCUCAGAUUUAUUUUUUUGUCAUGUAUUUUGCACCUUGUGGAGUCUGUCCAGUUGAGUUCUUAAUCUCUGUGUUGCACUUUGUAAGAGUUUCUUUGAUAUUUUAAAAACUUGGUACGUGAGGCCAUCAUUGUGUGUUGUUAUUUCUUACUGUUACUGCACUAUACCUUUGCAAAAAUGGCAAUAAAGUAGUGCGAUCAUCAGGAUAUAGUCUUCAGCACAGGUAUAUUGUAGGGAUGAAUCAAUAAAGAUUUAAAGAAAUCCAAUAUUUUUCUAACUGUGUAAAGAGCAAGUAAUGCAGUAAAAUAUGGGCCUUUAUGAUGUUUAUUAUUAAUGAUGGGAUACUUAUUACAGAUGCUAAUUAAAAGUGUAAAUUUUGUUUUCUGUAACAUUGCUGACAGUUUAUAGUCCUGUAUAUAAUCCUUGCUUAUGUCAUUAAACACCAAGGUAUAGAACACCUUGUAAGCUUUCAAGUGAUUACGAAAAAUAAAAUCUAAUGCAAAUUCA